ACCUCCGGUUGAACCGUACUGUCAAAUGAUGAAAUGUCAAAAUACACCCCCUGCCAUUCCAUUCGCGGUUCAAAACAAUCCUUCCUGCUGCCUGUGGAAUAAUAUCAAAACAUUUGAAACAAAUUCGCGAAAUUAUCAAUCAGCUUUCACAAAUAACGAUGUAUUUGAUAUUUGUUAUAUCGUUGCUUUCCCUGAUAAUGGCUUUUGCAUCAAAAUUAACAAAAAUUAUCCUUCCCUUGGUAUGCCGUGACAGUGCUGAAGUAAUUGCACGAAGGAAAGAUAUUGUAAAACUACGAACCGAACUGGAAAAGAUUUCUAUGCGCGACGAAUACACAAAGUACGUGAAAUGUGAGCGAGAAAUCACUAAAUUAGAAGUGUCGCUGAACGAAGCCAAAGGUCGUGAUAAUGUAAAACGCGUGGCAUAUGAGUACGGGCUGCAUUACGGCGGGUUGGCCGUACUUGGCCUUUGCAUGAUGUACAUUUCGAUAUUCUACCGUUACUCAACCGUCAUAGUGUUUGGGGAUAAUUUUAACUUUGAACCAUUCGGCGGAAUCAUCAACUUCCCUACGAAGGUACACAACUCCAUAUCGGUGGUGUUUUGGAUCGUGGUGAACAACUUCGUCGCAAGGACAUUUGCCGCAUACGUGCAAUAAAGUAUAAGGAUUUAAUAU